AUGUAUAAAAUUGCAGUUGAUGGGCCUGCAGCAAGCGGGAAGAGCAGUACAUCCAGCAUGGUUGCAAGUAAACUUGGAUUUUCGCAUCUCAUAUCUGGGAAUCUCUACAGAGCAAUUACACACGGCCUUCUCAAGGCAUUUGAAUGUAUUUGUCUUGAAGACAACAAACAAAAAGAGUAUAUUCAGAACCUAAGGAUCGAGAUGAUGAACAAGAGAGUGAUUUUGAAUGACGAGGAUGUAUCUGACAUGCUUAGGGAAGAGCAGAUCGACACGAAUGUGAAUGCAGUUGCAAAAGAGGAGUUUGUUAGAAACAAGGUUACCAUGGUUCAACGAUCAAUCAUAGAUGCUGAGAGAAAUGGAAUAGUGAUUGAUGGAAGAGACACUGGCAGUAAGAUUAUGCCUGAUGCGGAUCUCAAGGUAUACCUUACUGCUAGUCCAGAAACCAGAGCGAACAGAAGACUUAAGGAGUCAUCUGGAGAAUCAUACGAAGAGCUUCUGGAAGCAAUAAAAAAAAGAGAUCAUGAGGACAAGACAAGAAAGCAUAGUCCACUCAUAAUCGUAAAAGACUCUGUAGUAAUAGAAAACGACAACAUGACAUUAGAAGAAACUGCAGAUGAAAUAAUAAGGUAUUUUAGAAAAGCCAGAACAUUUAAUUAA